CCGGCCCUCAGCCCCGCCUUCUGCGUCUCGGCCGGACGCGGUCGCACUCGGCUCCGCCGCCGCUGCCCGCUGCGGCCGCCCCGCCCGCCGCCUCGCCCCCGCCGCCGCCGCCCGGUCGGUCAGUCAGUCAGUCACGGAGCGCGCGGCGCGGGAGCUGCGGGCGCUCGCGGCGUCUCCAGGGAAGGAGCGCCGCGCCUGAGAAGGAGGCGGCGGCAGCUGCUGCCCAGCCCGGGGCCAUUCCGGAGCCGUGCCCGCCGGAGGACCGAGCCGUUGCUGCGAUGGAGCAGCUGUCGGAUGAAGAAAUUGACCAUGGUGCUGAAGAAGACAGUGACAAGGAAGAUCAGGACCUAGACAAAAUGUUUGGAGCCUGGCUAGGGGAGCUAGACAAACUCACUCAGAGUUUGGAUUCUGACAAGCCCACGGAACCAAUAAAAAGAUCUCCUCUUCGCCAGGAAACCAACAUGGCCAAUUUUUCUUAUCGCUUCUCCAUAUACAACUUGAAUGAAGCUCUGAAUCAGGGAGAAACUGUGGAUCUGGAUGCCCUAAUGGCCGAUCUUUGCUCAAUAGAGCAGGAGCUCAGCAGUAUCGGUGCUGGAAAUACUAAGCGUCAAAUCACAGAAACAAAGGCCACUCAGAAGUUACCCACUAGCCGACAUACAUCAAAACAUGGCACCUUGAAAGGACUGUCUUCUUCGUCCAAUAGGAUAACUAAACCGUCUCAUGCCAACUACUCCCUGGAUGACAUCACCGCACAGCUAGAACAGGCCUCCUUGAGCAUGGAUGAGGCUGCUCAGCAGUCUGUGCUAGAAGAUACUAAGCCCUUAGUAACUAAUCAGCACAGGAGAACAGCGUCAGCGGGCACAGUGAGUGAUGCUGAGGUACGCUCUAUUAGUAACUCCUCUCGUUCAAGCAUCACUUCUGCAACCUCCAGCAUGGACUCUUUGGAUAUUGAUAAAGUAGCACGCCCUCAAGAACUGGAUUUGACACAUCAGGGGCAGCCAAUUACUGAGCAUGCUAUUUCUCUGAGAUGUCCCAGCAAGCAGGCCAAGCGUCAUAUUGACUUCACAGAAGAACAGGCUGAACUGACACCUCACUCCUAUCUGGACAGGGAAACCUCCCUUCUUCUGAGAAACAUUGCAGGAAAACCUUCUCAUUUGCUGACCAAGGAAGAACAGGCAGCAAAAUUGAAAGCUGAGAAGAUCAGAGUUGCUCUAGAGAAAAUUAAAGAAGCACAAGUGAAAAAGCUGGUGAUUAGAGUCCACAUGUCUGACGAUAGUUCUAAAACAAUGAUGGUGGAUGAGAGGCAGACAGUGAGACAAGUGCUGGAUAACCUGAUGGACAAAUCCCACUGUGGUUAUAGUUUAGACUGGUCUCUGGUGGAAACCAUCUCGGAGUUACAGAUGGAGAGAAUCUUUGAAGAUCAUGAAAACUUGGUUGAAAAUCUUCUUAAUUGGACAAGAGAUAGCCAAAACAAGCUUAUAUUUAUGGAGCGUAUAGAAAAAUAUGCACUUUUCAAAAAUCCACAGAAUUACCUUCUGGGGAAAAAGGAAACAGCUGAGAUGGCAGACAGAAACAAAGAAGUGCUGUUGGAGGAGUGUUUUUGUGGAAGUUCUGUAACUGUACCAGAAAUUGAGGGAGUCCUUUGGUUGAAAGAUGAUGGCAAGAAGUCCUGGAAAAAACGUUAUUUCCUCUUGCGAGCAUCUGGUAUCUACUAUGUCCCUAAAGGAAAAGCAAAGGUCUCUCGGGACCUGGUGUGCUUUCUUCAGCUGGAUCAUGUAAACGUCUACUAUGGACAGGACUAUCGGAACAAAUACAAAGCUCCUACAGACUAUUGUUUGGUGCUCAAGCACCCGCAGAUCCAGAAGAAAUCUCAGUACAUCAAAUACCUUUGCUGUGAUGACAUGAGGACCCUGCACCAGUGGGUCAAUGGUAUCCGCAUCGCAAAGUAUGGGAAGCAGCUCUACAUGAACUAUCAGGAAGCUUUGAAGAGGACAGAAUCGGCUUAUGAUUGGACUUCCUUAUCCAGCUCCAGCAUUAAAUCAGGAUCUAGUUCUUCCAGCAUCCCAGAAUCUCAGUCCAAUCACUCCAAUCAGUCUGACAGUGGAGUGUCUGACACCCAGCCGGCAGGACAUGUCCGUUCCCAGAGCACGGUGAGCUCCAUCUUCUCUGAGGCCUGGAAGCGAGGCACACAGCUGGAAGAGUCCAGCAAGGCCAGAAUGGAGUCUGUGAAUCGACCCUACACUUCACUCAUUCCCCCUUUAUCCCCACAGCCCAAGCUAGUCACCCCCUACACGGCCUCACAGCCUUCACCACCCCUCCCGCCCCCACCCCCUCCCCCUCCCCCUCCCCCGCCACCUCCGCCUCCCCCUCCCCCUCCCCUCCCCAGCCAGUCCGCCCCGUCUGCGGGCUCCGCAGCCACAAUGUUUGUCAAGUACAGCACAAUAACCCGGCUGCAGAACGCCUCUCAGCAUUCGGGAGCCCUGUUUAAGCCUCCCCCCGCAUCAGGGAUGCAGCCCUCGACCUCACUCUCAGUGAAGCCUCAGAUCCUGGUACCCCCCAGUGGAGUGGUGCCUCCCCCGCCGCCCCCGCCCCCGCCCCCCACUCCCGGCUCGGCUAUGGCCCAGCUGAAGCCCGCCCCCUGCACCCCAUCCCUGCCCCAGUUCAGUCCCCCACCUCCUCCACUGAAGAUCCAUCACAUCCAACAUGGCACACAGACAGCUCCUCCAGCGCCCGCACCUCCUCCUCCCGUCCCUGCCCCACUCCCUCCCCAGGCCCCCCCCAAGCCCCUUGUGACCUUGCCCCCAGCAGCGAGCACCAAGACUGUGCCACCCGCAGUGACACAAUCGUUGCCACCCACACCUACUCCGCCAGUGCCCCCAGUAAAAAAGCAGCCGGUUCUUCCUGUGUCUCACGUUCCACCCUCUCCCCCUGUUCCUCCGGGUCCGGUGCCCCCGCCCACGCUACCCAAGCAGCAGAGCUUCAGUGUAAAACCACCCCCCUCCCCACUGUCCCCUGCGCCCUCCGUGGUGAAGCAGAUAGCCAGCCAGUUCCCCCCACCUCCAGCCCCACCUCCCGCCGAGGGGCCGCCCUUAAAGCCUGCCUCGGUCAGCCUCACCCCACAGUCCCCCCCUGCCGUGAAAGCAAAGCCCAAGUGGCAGCCCAGCUCCGUCCCUGUCCCUUCUCCGGACUUCCCCCCUCCUCCCCCAGAGAGCAGCCUGGUGUUCCCUCCUCCGCCCCCACCGCCACCCGCCCCGGCCCCGCAGCCGCCACCGCCACCGCCACCACCGCCGCCAGCCACACCCACAGCGGCUCCUGCCCCGGACAAAAGCAGCUCUCCGGGCAAAAAGACCAGUAAAACCUGCAGCCCCGGGGGAAAGAAACCGCCCCCGACCCCGCAGCGCAACUCCAGCAUUAAGUCCAGCAGCUGUGCGGAGCACCCUGAGCCCAAGAAACCCUCAGUGGACAGUCUAAUCAGCAAGUUCGCAUCGCCAGCCGAACCCUCGGGGUCUCCCGGCAAGGAGACCCCACCACCUCCAGCAGCGCCCCCCAAGCCAGGAAAACUCCAUCUUUCCGGAGUUAACCUUCCCGGGGUGCUCCAGCAAGGAUGCCUGUCUGCGAAGGCGGCUGCACUGAGCGGGCGCGGCAAGGACUCGGCGGUGGAGUUCCCUUCUCCUCCGUCCGAUUCUGACUUCCCACCCCCUCCGCCAGAAACCGAGCUUCCUCUGCCCCCCAUCGACAUCCCAGCAGUGUUCUCAGGAAGCACCUCUCCAAAAGUGGCCGUUGUUAACCCGCAGCCGCAGCCCUGGUCCAAAACGUCGGUGAAGAAGGCCCCUCCGCCCACGCGACCCAAACGGAAUGAUAGCACCCGCCUCACUCAAGCCGAGAUCUCGGAGCAGCCACCCACGGCCGCAGUCGUGCCGCAAGUGCCCACCUCGCCCAAAUCCAGCCUUAGUGUCCAGCCUGGCUUCCUGGCUGACCUCAACAGGACACUGCAGCGCAAGUCCAUCACCCGGCACGGCUCGCUCUCCUCCUCCCGCGUGUCUAGAGCGGAACCCACAGCCACCAUGGAUGACAUGGCAUUGCCCCCGCCACCCCCCGAACUGCUUUCAGAGCAGCAGAAAGCCGCUUACGGAGGCAGUCAUAUAUCAGGCUAUGCAACAUUGCGGAGAGGACCGCCUCCCGCUCCCCCCAAGAGAGACCAGAACACCAAGCUCUCGAGAGAUUGGUAGCUACCGUAGGAUUUUAUUUUCAUGCAGUGUGUAAUCAGUUCUACAAUCAGCUUACCUGAUCAUCUAUGAAUUCAGGUGUUCAGAGCCUCCUGGUAUGUCGUUGUUAUUCAGGUAGCGUUCAGCUGUGUGUUUGUAUACAUGUGCGUGUACACACAUAGCUAUACAUAUAUAGAUAGGUAGCGUGUAUGUAUAUAUAUGUAUACAUAUAUCUAUAUGUAUAUAUAUAGCUGAAAGUGAUUCUAUUUAUUCUCACUCCUAAUCUGAAAAUGUUCUGUGUAUUUUGGGUGGCAGCAGCAUGGAAGGGGAUAUGUCUUGUCCCUUACGAUUUCUGUUAUCUAUCAUUUGGGUUGGACCAAAAACUUCAGACUUUAGAAGAUAUUUUAUAAAUGUCCAUGUGCGGCCUUUCUGUGCAUGUUGUGUAUUAUAUAUUAAGGAUAGAUGUAUAAUGUGCUAUUUCUCAGUUUGAGAAGACAACCAGAAUGUUUGGUGUAUCUAUGGGGCUUUUGUUUUUUUCCCCCAGUUGGCUGAAGUUAGAACUGCUUGACACUUCAUUUCUCUACAUAGAGGGGCACUUUAAUUAGGAAUCAGUUUCAUAGAAUGGGUCAUAGUGCAGUGUGGGGAAACUUUCAGACACUCUCAGUGUGUGGUUGUGCAUAGAAAACAGUACCUGUGUGGUGUAACUAACCCGUCUAGUCGCAGCACUGCUGCCAUGACCCCACCGGGAUCUCGAGUGCUGUCACAGGUGAGCUCUCGCCUGUGACACGUGGAUGAUCUACUGCUGUUAUCCUGUAGUUCUUUCUGUACUGUUGGGAUCCUUUCCUCGAGCUUGUGAAGUGCCAUCAAGUUUGGUUUCAUGAUCCUUGCUUUGAUUUAUCGUAAAAGACUAUCCAACAGGAUACCCUCGGAAUGCUCCGUCCCAGCGUGUCUUUGGGUCACCAGUUACCUCCUUAUAGAGUUUGCUGUGAGUGGGUGUUGAUAUUAGGUAUCCAUAGACAGCUGCCGUAUCAGAUACUCACAUCCUUUGUCCAUUAUGUUGCAUCAUUACGAAAAACAAAAUCACCUUCUGAAAUGUCUUUUUUUUGUAUUGCUCUCCGAAGGGAUGGAUUAGAAGAGAGAAAACUGGCCCCUGUGCAGCUAUCAUUAAUUAGGUUUUUUGUAGCUGGUAAUGUGACAUACAAAGAAUUCACUUAAGUAUGGGACUGUCAUAGAGGGAGGGGGGAAAAUGAGUGUUUAGACGAUUUCAUCCAUAGUGACCGGAGCACAGUAGGGCCCUUGCUUGUUGUAGCCCGGUUGUAGAGAUUUGUCCAAGUUACCAGCUAUUCUGAUGGAGUCUGUGGUCCAAGGACAGUGAGUGACACUACAUACUGUGCAUAUGCAGUUUGGUGUGACAUGGAACCACUGCUCUAACGACACACUGGAAUUCCGUAUGCUUCACACUGUACUUCUGGAUGUUUUAUUUUCCCCUGAGUUUUCCUUGGUUUGAGAAAUGUGUACUGACUUAGCAAUUUGUGAUGAUCAAUUGACCAUUAGGCCAACCUUAGAACUGCUCUUAAAUGAGAGAAUAAAAAGUCCCUCCCCAGCAGUGUAAGUCCGCACACCUUGUAAUGAACAUCUGUGCCUGUUGUGAAUAGGGAUCACCAGUGCAACUGCCAGUGUUCGAGCCCAUCUGUAAGGAAAAAGUGAUGUCCGUCAAGGGGGGCAGAGAUGGUAAAUAUUUCACGAGUUAGCAAGAUUGUGCUGUGUACACAGGAUUUCUCACUCUGCAACAAAGUAUUGCAUCAGAGAAAGUGGAACCCCCUCCCCAUUGUCACAUCUCCGGGAUGUGAUAGUAUACUCCUGUUUAUAGAGCAAUAAGUAUACCAGCGUGCAUUUGUUAUAGCCCUGCUUCUUUAAAAGAUACUUUUUUAGAUCUUUUUCAGUUCACCAAGUUUUAUGUGCUUGAUAUUCUUAUGGUUAUGAAGUGACCUUUACCACAUCUAUCUUGUUCAUUUAAGCAUGCACUGCAAUUUGAGUACGUUUGAGUAACACUGCCAGGCGCCACUGUGACUCUCGAAUGAAGUGAUUCCCCAGUCUUCUGCCCGCAGCUGUAUCUUCUAAGGAUCACCCUUAUUUGUGAGAUAGAGGACUUUUAAGACUCUGAAUCCAAUGGUAUAAACAUUCAUCACUAGGGUUUUUUGUUGUGGUGGUGGUCUUUUAUAUAAGGAUGGACAGCUCUCCCUGAGGGAAGAAAUCAUGUUUCCUCAGUCUUCCUUCACUCCUGAUUUGAGCUGUAAAAUCCAACCUUUUUUUUUCAGCGGGGGAUUUCCUGGGCCUUCUUGCUUUUGUCAGUCCUGAUGGUAGUUAUCCUGAACUGAUGCUGCUUCUAGUGUAUCAUUUUCCUGAAAGAGCAGAUAUCCUUUAGAACAUCAGGGCCACCAAGGAGAACACAGCCAGAGGAGAGGAGCUGUGUCAGUGGCUUGGUGGCUAUUUGACAACAGGCUGUUGCCCUUUACAUUCUUCCAAAGACAAAGAAGGCUAUUAAUCAACUUUUUUUUUCCUCUUUAUGUGAAACAACUGAAUCAAAAAAACCAAAAUGAUACUUUAAAUACAUUUCCAGUGUUUUACUCCCUGGGUUUUUUUUUUAAUUGGGAUUUUUGUUGGGAUGUGAUUUGGAGAUUGUUAUCUGGGCUCUCUUCUUCCCUGGUGUGUUCAAGAAAAACACUGCCAGAUGACACUGGUACUGUGCCUUCUUCCACUGCCUCCUGCUCAGCUCCUCUAACCCAGCAAGGCUUCUCCAGGUCAAGGAAGAGUCUUGUCAGUUGGCUUGGCUGCACUGAAAAAUGAAUAGUAUCCUGCUGUUGAGGGCAGCGCAGACAGGUGCCUGUUAAGAGCUAGUGACUUGCUAUUAGUGACAUCCUUAACUUGUACCACAAAAUUUCAAAACUGGAUCCAACCUAUGCUUCAAGUUUUGGCAACAACUCUGAAGGGCAGCAAAGCCUAGUCUGUUAAAACAUUAAGUUCAUAGUUAUGUUAGAUUAUUCUAUAUUGAAGCUUGGCUUUUAUUAGCCAAAUACAUUUUUUUUUUCCUUAGCUGCUGUAGAAUUCUGCUCUUGGAAAAAGUAACUACUCUUAAGGUUUACAGGUACCCACUUCACUGUAAAUUGGUUGUUUUUUUUUUUAAAUUUCUGGGGCUUUUUAAAAUAAGAUUGCUGAUUCUUCAGAAGUUACAGGAAACAGUUUUCAUCAGAACAUCUCAGAGGAAUGUCCCACAGACCUUCCAACAGUCCUCGGACAUCAAGGUGCUCCUGCCCCCUGCCGGCAUAGCCUGCUAAGGAAGGGCUGCGAACUAUUUCUGCAGUCCCAUCUCCAUGUAAGUUUAUUUGCCACUAAAAGCAGUCCUGAGGAGAUCAAAAGUAAACAGAAUUGGGGGGAUCAUGAAGAAUAAUUCCAAUAGGUUAACAACUCUGAGGUCAAGGUUAAUAGGAGCUGUGCAUCCAAUUAAGAGUUUCAGAAGCUGCUAUUCUGGGAGAAUACAACUGCUAAUAAGUUCAUGUCAAGGAUGUUAGGCUAUAAGGAGCCUGAAAAAAACUUCAGGUAAUGGUCGGAUUGAUUUGACUAUCAGGCCACCCACAGAACCCCUUAUCACUCUUUUUCCCACAGUUAAGAGCAAUUUUAUGUUACAAACACAAGGUGAUUUUAAACAAGAAAACCUUUUCCUAGUUUUCUAUAUUAGCAAACUGUUUCAUGUAGGUUUUAUGUAGUUAACUUUAGAACAAUGUAUAACUUAUGUAAUCUGAUAACCUCACAGAUUUUGUUUAAACCAAUUAAAACUGUAUGAUCCUAUGUGAUUAUAGGUGUAAUGACUUCCUUUAAAUAAUUUGGAUUUGUAUAUUUAUAAGAGGAUGUUUAUUUCUAAAAAUCAUUUUAGGUUGCAAGAACCUUUUGGCACUUGAAGUUUUGUUUUAUACACUUCACAUUAUUUACAUAUAGCAAGUUAUUCCUGACCCUAUAGGAAUGUUUGCCCACUCACAAAGUUGAGAUUUGAUCCAUGGAGAGAUGCAAGUAGUACAGAAUUAAGAUUUAUUUUCCUUUAAAAACUGAAUGGAAGACUAUUGUUAUCUCUUUACUAGUCUCCCUCAAAGUAAACAAGUGUUCAGUUCUUAGUUGUGCCCUUAGAAGGUCUAUAUGUAUAAGAAAUCCAAAAUUUAGCUGUAGAAUACACUUGCUAAGUAAAAAUAAGCUAAACACAAUAUACUUGAUAAACAUUUGAAGGAAAUUGGUUUGCUCUUUGCUUGUUGAAGUAUAAAGCAUUUAGAAAACAUCUGCUGUAUUUCCCAGUGCCUUGAACUCUCUUGGAGGAACAAAAUAAAAAAAUCUAACAAGCAAACUUUGAGGUGCUAAUGAAAGAAGGAAGGUGUUUCUAGUUUGUGCAGAAACAGAAAAAGUGACUGUCUCACAAGAGAUGGCUUCAUCUACCUAAUCAAGGUCUGGCUGCUUUCUACCAAAGACAUUUAGAGCAGUGAGUCAGGUCAGGGUGAUGGUGAAUACUACAUGUUUAAAAGAUGGCCAAGUUCAGAAUGAAUGCUGAACAUGGAUGCUAUUAAUACCAAGCUCAUAAUUGAAGCCUCACCCUCUUCUUAAGCAGAACGUGCUUGUGGCACUUAAACAAAAUCUGCAUUCUGCACACUGUCCAUUGUUUGUUAAGUUUAUUGUAACCUAAUACCAAAAACUGCCAUUUUCCAUGAUUACCACCUCCUAUAUUUCUCUGUACUUGUAAAUAAUUUCUCCUAGGGAAAAAAAAAAGCAUUAACUGGAAUGUUUCAAAUGACUUCACUUAAUUUUAUUGUCAGCCACUAGUGAACUCCUUUUAUAGAAAUGUACAUUUAGAAUAUCAGCUUGUGUAAAUGUCAUAAAAGCAUCGUUUACUGUUUUAAAGAAAAAUUGCACAUUUAACUGAGAUUGCUCCCUCUCUUCCCAUUUCUUAAAAAAAAAAAAAAAAAAAAAAAUGGAGUAAAGGCUCACGCUAACAUCCAGGCUGUUGGGAGCUUUGCCAUAAAUAUAUACAGUGUAGGAAUAUACCUUUUUAAAGCAUGAAAAAGGCAAAGGGAACUGCAUUAAAAGUACAGGAUAGAGGACAUUAUUCAGAUGAUUAUGCACAGCUCGGUAAAGAAGAAGUUACAGUUUUUCUUUCAGCUUUGUUGCUAUUAUUUUAUUCUACUUAAAAUGUACACUCAUUUCAUUAUGUGCCUUGCUCCCUGAUUGUGCUAAACCUAUAUAUAGAUAUAUAUAUGAGAGAUAUAUUCAGUACUACUGAUGAUGUUUUUGUUCUACUGCUGGAUUAAGUUAUUUUCCAAGUUACUUUAUUCUUGCCAAGUUACUGUCAGUCAACUAUUGUAAUGGCUUAGGACAGUAGUCAUGCAGUCAGUGUAACUUACGUGUUGCCAUUAUGUCAGCUUAUCCAGUCCUCAAUAAAAAGAAUACAGAGAUUCAUUUAAA